AUGGCGUCUCAAGUUACGGAGUCUCUGGCCGUCGCUGCUACGGCUACGGCGCCGAGUAAGAUGGCGGCGCAGCUCGUUGCUGAAGCUGGGGUAGACGCUAAGGAAGAGGGCUUGAAUACACCGUCCGAUGGCGAGUCUGGGAGCUCGGAAGAUAACUUGUAUUUCCACCAGCAUAUCGAGAGGAAUGGUCAACGAGUCCUUGUCAGCUGGAUGAAGGAAGAGGAGAGGCGCGUUGUUCGUAAGGCGGAUUACUUGUUUCUUCCUAUAUUCGCCCUCAUGUUCACAUGGAUGGCCAUCGACCGCACCAACGUCUCCGGCGUCCUGACGUCGACCUUCCUGAAAGACACCCACAUGACGCGAGACCAGGCGAACACGGGCGUCUCGCUGCUCUGGUUCGGGAUCGUAUUACUCGAGAUUCCGUCAAAUAUCGUCCUCCACCGCGUCGGCCCUCACUACUGGAUCCCGCUACAGGUAGUCGUCUGGGGCGUAAUCGAGGUCCUGCAGAUGUUCGUGCGGAACGCCGGCGGAUGGUACGCGGCGCGCUUGGUCCUGGGCUUGGCGGAGGCCGGGUUUAUCCCUGGCAGUUUGUACGUGCUCUCGCGGUGGUACACGCAGGACGAGCUCGCGAGCCGCACGACGGUGUUUUUCUUCGGCCCGUCGAUUUCGGCGGCUUUUGGCUCGUUGAUAAGUGCCGGGGCUCUGAGUAUCGAGGAGGGCGCGAGGGGGCUGUAUGGGUGGCAAUGGAUUUUUCUCAUCUGUGGCGUUUCUACGAUAACUACCGGACUCGUAGCCUUUACUCUCGUCCCCGAGUCCCCUCACCAUACAAACCGCCUCCUUGGUGGCUUGGUCCCGUGGAGCGGGUGGCUCUCCGAGCGCGAAGCGGACGUCUUCGUGGCGAGGAUAAUCAGGGCCGAUCCGAAGAAAGGACAGGCUGCUACCAUGAGCAUUGGGCUUAAGGAUAUAACCGACGUGCUUUUCAGCUGGACUACUUGGCCCUACCUAAUCAUCUGCCUAAGCGGUCUUCAGUCUGCCGGCGGCUUGCAAACGUGGGGAGCAACCAUCGUCCAAUCUCUCGGCUUCACGAGCAUCCGCGCGAAUCUACUCAAUGCCCCGGCACCCUUUCUCUCGGCUUUGUUCGCGCUCGUCUUGUCCCGGUUCGUAGACCGGUACAAGCGGUUCGGCUACACUAUCAUGUUUGCUGCGGUUUGGACUAUGGCUGGGCUUAUAGCUCUUUAUAAUCUCCCGGUUACUACCGAGGCCUCGUGGUCUUUCUACGCUGCUUAUGUCGUGACGGUUGCUGCCCCAGGUUGGCAGCCUCUGAAUGUUACGUGGUUGUCUCUGAACCAGAAAACGCCACAGAAACGUGCUAUUGCAUACGCAGUAUACAUUGGUUGUUCUAACUUAGGUGGAACAUACGGAAACCAGGUAUUUAGAGGAUCCGACGCACCCCUAUACCGCCGAGCAUGGGCGGCAUGCUUAGCUCUCGGCGCUGUGUGGAUUGUAACACUCACCAUCCAAACAUCUUUGUUUAAGUGGUCGAAUCGCCGUUUCGCUAGGAAAAUACAUGAUGAGCCAUCUCUAGAGCCAGAGGCAUUAUAUACAGAUCGGAAGGGCCGCAAAUAUAGGUAUCAUUGGUAG